AUGGGUCAUGGUUCUCUGGAUUACAGGAUUCGCGAUUCCGAAAGUAUGAAAGAGGCCAUACUUCAGAUGAUGAAAAAUUUGAAUAGGUCACUCGAUGAAGCCCUUGCCUACCUUCAUGGCGAUAUUGAACAGGAAGAUGAAGAUUCAGAUACAGACUCAAGCUCUGAGAUGGAAUCGGAUAUGGACUUGCUUCUUGAUAGUAUCAAGGAUCCCAUUGAUCGACUAUAUAAGAUGGCCGUUUGGAUACGAAACCCAGCGACUAGGAUUACGUCCACAAAAGCCAGAAAUUUGCAGCAAGUCGAUGAAGAAACAAACGUAGAUUUGUUCAAGUCAUUUGAGAAAUUUGAUUAUGAACAUAUCAGCUCUCUCUUUCUAGAAUAUGAAAAGAAUAAAGCUAUCCAAGAAAAUCCAAUAGCCAAACCCCGCGACACAGUUGGCGACGACAAAACGCUUGUUGAAGAUCAGGUGUGGGAGCCGAUCAGAAAGACGUUGGAGCUGAAUAGGAUGAGACUAUCAAAUGGAGAUGAAUCCUACCUUGUUCGCCGCAUAGCUCGAGCUAAUGGACUCAGACGGCAGCAGUUUGCUUAUUGGAGAAAGCAUAAAAACAAGCUCCGUGAACACGCCGCUGUUGUCGUGGAAGUUCCAACGCAUAAUUUACCUACAACAAGUCAUAUUAUACAAUUGGAAGAUAAGAAUGAAAAGGCCAAGGCACCUCUCACAGUCACUACGGCUACUCAACUACGCCUUUCGCACGAAACUGGGAAAGAAUUGGGGAAAGAAAAUGUCAUGACUCUUGCCGUCUCUGAGUAUGCUCCGUCGGCAUGGAAUCCUAGCAAGGACAUCGUCAGCUUUCCAUCGCCCCCGAAAGCAUCCCCAGUUGAUGAAUUCUUCGAAUGUCCAUACUGCUAUACCAUUUGUCCUGCUUCCAUUCUCUCGGAAAAGGCCUGGAGAGCUCAUAUAAUACGAGAUUUACGACCUUAUAUUUGCACUUUUGAACAUUGUUCAGAUUCUGAGCAAUUAUAUGACAACCGUGACGACUGGAUUCAGCACGAGAUCUCUACCCACCAAAUCGUAUUUCGGUGCCCAAAGCAUGAAGAAGAAACCUUUACCACCUUGGCUACAUACGAAGAACAUACACAAAAACAUCAUAAAGAAGACGUAAUGUCCCCAAGCUUUGCAAGAUCAACAACUACCAAUAUCCACCGCAGCUGUCCUGUUUGCUCAAUAGUUUUGGGGACCUCGAAAAAGUUUUGGAAUCACAUCGCUCUUCACCUUGAGCGGUUCGCAAUGUUUUCCUUACCUCGCUGUACAUAUGAUGACAAUGAGGGGGGCUCUAGAGGUCGAUCUGCUAGUGCUAUUUUUGAUUCUGACAGGUCUUUCAACGAGGAUCCAGAUGUAGAAUCAAAUGCUACUGGCAGAGAUGAGGAGCCCAACACGACAAAUGAUGAAAUAAUGAAUGGGAUAUUAUGUGACGCAGGAAUAGUACGCUCAUUAAGGCAUACGGAUUGGGACGAUAAAACUUUCCUGGCGGUAAUGGCGCAUGCAGGCGGCAAGUUAAGCCGGUGUGGGGAAGUAAUUAGAGCCUGGACCCCGAACGACACAGUAAACAACCUCCUAUUCGAGUUCGGAGAAGCAUGCAUUGGGGCUGGGUUGGUAGAAGAGGCUAUCGAAACGCUUGAGCACUUGAAACUUAUUCAAAGCGGCCAGCCUGAACAUGAUGGGCCGGCACUGCUACGGACAAAGCAACUGUUAGCGACGGCUUACCAAGUAAAGGAAGCGCUACAAGAAGUGGAGGAAUUGUCAAGAGAUGACCCCAAUCUUUAUGAUAAGCCGAUCAACACUAAAGUUCUUCAUAUAUUUGCUCGAACCGAAGCCGGGAAGAGGCACGCCGAAACUAUUUGGGGCCGGAGCAUCUGGAAGACUCGACAGAGUCAAAACGAACUGGAGGAGCACGGAGAUGAUACAGACUCAAAUUCUUUCUCUUCACGCUCCUUUGACGGCGGCCCGCCUUCUAUACCCUUCACUGAACGAGAAGAGUUUCCGCCACUAGCCUAG